AUGUUAACAUCGAGGGUAUGGAUCAUCUCUUCGGGUUUGGUCGGAGCUAUUUCACUCAUGCUCCGAUCUGCGUUGAACUUCUCCGUCACCGGAUCUCACUUCUCACUCCCUACUUUAAACCCUCUGUUCAUCAUCAUCAACGUAAUCAUCUUUGCUCUUGCCUCCUCCGCUUCUCUCUUCGGCCAUGGACCUGACACUCCGGACACGGAACACCACCAUGAAGAUGAUGAUAAUCAUUAUGAAUAUGAUCAUCAUCAUCAUGACAACCAUAACCAUGACCACGAACGCUCGUCAAAUAACUCAUCCGAUUCUUCCUUUGAUCAACACAAUUAUAAAGUUCACGAGGAUGACAAGUUUCCGGUGAAGUCAGAGAGUGGAGGAUCUUAUGGUGUUCAUCGACCGGAUUCUUCUCCGGGGGUUCAUUUUCCGUCAACGGCGCCGGAUAAGGCUGCCGGACUGCGACAUCAACCUACUGCUCCUUUAAAGACUUUUCCACAAGAUGACACAUCAGGUGAUGAGAACGAAACCAUGGAAGAGAUGUGGAAGAGGGUCAAAGCCGAAAAACAACCAACGAUACCUAAGACGUGGCAAGGCCACGGCAUUCACAGAAACGACUCAAGAAUGUCUACAUCGUCGUCUCCCUUGCCGUCGCGAGCGAGGAGGCCUCCGAUCCCACAACCGUCGCCGGCACAACCGGGAACGAAGUUGAUGGAGAGAAUUCCGACGUGGGUGAAGCUGAAAAAAGAGUUAUCGAUGGGAAAAGAUGAGCUCAAUUCACGAGUCGAAGCUUUCAUUAGAAAAUUCAACAAUGAAAUGAAACUGCAAAGGUUGGAAUCUCUAAAACGUUACAACCUCUUCCGUCGCCGGAGCGAUGAAAAAUAA